AUGGCUCGAAGCGGUCUCGUGACUUUGCUCUGCUGCCUCGUGUUCCUGCGGACGUUGACUUUUGUUUCCUUUUCCCCGGCACUCCGUGUGCAACGCUCCGUCAAGGUCUUGCAACAGGCAACAGCCACCGACGACACCAUGACCAAGGUGGCCGACGUGAUCGCUGAGCAACUGGGCGUGGAAAGUGACAAGGUGACCCGUGAGGCCACCUUGACCGAGUUGGGUGCCGACUCCCUGGACAUCGUGGAGUCGGUGAUGGCCCUGGAAGAGGCAUUUGACAUUGAGCUCCCCGAUGAGGAGCGGCUCUGUGGCGAGUUGGAGCGAACUUAUACUAACUUAAGAGACCACGCCGCUGAAGAACUGCGGAGAUGUCAUGGACCUGAUCCAGAGCAAGCUUUGAGAUGGACGUCCUAUGAGCUCCGCUCGCCUGUGCGGGCUGGGAUGAAGGCCAUGGCUCGUUCUUGGGGUGUGUUGCUCUUGGGCUUGAUGCUCUUCAGGACGCUGAGCUUCGUGUCCUUUGCUCCGCAAGUGCCACGUUCCGUGAAGGUCCUGCGGCAGGCAACGGCAACGGACGACACCAUGGACAAGGUCGCAGGGGUCAUUGCGGAGCAACUGGGGGUGGAGAAGGACAAGGUCACCCGGGAGGCCACCUUGACCGAGUUGGGCGCCGAUUCGCUGGAUAUCGUGGAGUCGGUGAUGGCUUUGGAAGAGGAAUUCGACAUCGAGCUCCCUGAUGAGGAGACCACCCCGCUGAAGAACUGCGGAGAUGUCAUGGACCUGAUCCAGAGCAAGCUCUGA